UCAGUUCAUAAACGCAGUCAAACUCUGGUACUCCUUACGGAGUAACUUCAAAAGCCAGGCAUAAUUUGUUAAGUGACUAAUAAUGGCAGAUCCGUUAAGCCUGCUUCGUCAGUACAAUGUCAACAAACGGGAGAUCAUCGAGCGUGACAAGCAGAUUAUCUUCGGCGAGUUUUCCUGGCCAAAAAGUGUCAAGACUAACUACCUAACCUAUGGAUCUGGAAAAGAGGGAUCACCCAAAGAGUACUAUACACUAGAGUGUCUGCUCUUUCUCCUUAAAAAUGUACAGCUCACCCAUCCAGUCUACGUACGACAGGCAGCUGCCGAAAACAUUCCCGUUGUACGACGUCCUGACAGAAAGGAUCUGCUGGCCUACCUUAAUGGUGAAACAGCCACAUCGGUUGCCAUCGACAAGUCAGCACCGCUUGAAAUUCCCACACAGGUGAAACGACCUGCCGAAGAUGGCCUGGAAUCUGGAUCGAAGAAGCCACGUUAUGAGGAGACUCACGUUCAAAAAGUUAAAGAACAGCUGGCUGCAAGGCUAGAUGCACCCAAAGAAGCCUCGGUUACCGUUGAGAACAUCAAAUCUCUGUCGGAGGCUAUGUCGGUUGAGAAAAUCGCCGCAAUCAAAGCCAAACGCCUCGCCAAAAAGCGUACCACCAUCAAUGAAAAAGAUGAUAUUGGCAUGGGCUCGGAUUUGCGAGACAUUCUGGACAUGGAAGUCGAAGAUACAAAAAACAUUGUGUCCAGGGAAAGACAGUGGCGGACGCGGACAACGAUAUUGCAGAGCAGUGGCAAGGUGUUUGCAAAAAACAUCUUUGCCAUACUCACUAGUAUAAAGGCGCGCGAGGAGGGAAGACAAAAGGGUCCCAUAGUACCAACUCCCAUGGUCACACCGAGAUCCACACCACUGAGACCGUUGCCCCAGCCUGCUGUGUACAAUCGUUACGAUCAGGAGAGGUUCAUCCGUCAAAAGGAAGAAACUGAAGGUUUCAAAAUCGACACUAUGGGUACCUAUCACGGCAUGACAUUGAAAUCCGUGACGGAGGGCACAAACCCAGCAGUUCGCAAACCCAUAGCUAGCACUCCUGUGAAUCCAAGCGUCGCGCCAACGUCGGGUCUGAUACCGACAUCGGCAGCCAAACUCACGCCGCAACAGGCCGCACAGAAUAAGCGACCCAGCCGAACACCCAUCAUCAUCAUACCUAGCGCAAACACUUCAUUAAUUACCAUGUACAAUGCUAAAGACAUUUUGCAAGAUCUGAAAUUCAUAUCAAAUGACGAGAAAAGAAACUUAGCCGCUAAACGGGAGAACGAGAUAUUGCUGCAGAGACGUAAGGAAGGUGGUUUCACGGUACCCUACCGCGUUGUCGAUAAUCCACAAAAAUUGACAAACGCCGACUGGGAGCGUGUAGUCGCAGUAUUCGUCAUGGGACCAGCUUGGCAAUUCAAAGGAUGGCCCUUUGAUGGUAAUCCUGUGGAGAUUUUUUCAAAAAUUUGUGCAUUCCACAUAAAGUACGACGAGAUGCGUACCGAUGCUAACGUCGCCCGCUGGGCAGUCACAGUCAUUGAGCUCAGCAAAACGAAAAGGCACUUGGAUAGAGCGGCAAUUAUGAGAUUUUGGGAGGUACUGGACAAACACAUGAUAAAAAAUAAAGCACACUUACGGUUUUGAGCAAUUGUAUUUUCAACAAUUCAUUAUGUACAUACAUAUACUUACGUGUAUAAAUAAAUUCUCGUUAAGUUACUUGAUAAAAUGAUAAAAGUAGUUGCUUUUGAUAAAACUUGUUCACUAUUUGUUACGUUACAAUGUAUUUAGAGCUUAAAAUAAGUAUUCAGUACAAUUUUGAAUCAAAUAAACGAUAGUUAUUUAAGAAAAUUGAGGACAGUUGUUAGAAGUAAGAAUUUAGGAUUUAAUUACGUUAAGUAGAAUAGUAGCAAAAUUAACAUGUAUAUAUGUGGCGGCUGAUGUGAAAAUGAAAAUUUCGUCUUAUGAUUCGAUGGAAAAGUGAACAGUUGAAUCGAAAACAAUUGAUUUUUUUCAUUUCAUUAAGUAAUUUUUAUAAAUUAACA